AUGGAAGCUGACGAUGAUAGCCGCAGUCAGGCUAUCCUGAUCGUCACAGCGGUUUUUCUCGCCAUCUCGCUCAUUGCCGUUAUCCUUAGAAUAUUUGUUCGGACUCGCGUGGUCAAGGCAUUCGGCAAGGAUGAUGUCUUUAUGUUAUUGGCCAUGGUUCUCAACAUGGCCUUCGCCAUUUGUGGAUUCCUCGGAGUGAAAUACGGAAUGGGACGGAGAUUGGUUCACUUUGUAGGAAGGGAGGAUGAUUUCCAUAAGGCCCUGCUGUGUUGGUGGCUAGGCCAAAUCUUCUAUGUCAUUACCUGUGUCGUCGCCAAGAUAUCCAUUAUCAUCACUCUUUUGCGCAUCACCGUGGAUCGCGUCCACGCUUACAUUCUUUACGCCGCUAUCACACUUGCCACCGCUGUUGGCUUAAUCUUCUUUUUCUUCACUAUCUUCCAGUGCAGUCCGGUCGAGUUUUUCUGGAACCGACUCACCGAAACCGGCACCUGUAUCAGCACCGACCUCCUCAUCGACAUCGCAUACCUGUAUAGUGUCGGCGCGGCCGUCACCGACCUCACUAUUGGCCUCCUCCCAGUGGCACUAAUCUGGAAUCUCCGCAUGAAUCAGCGCACCAAGGCCGCUAUUGUCGGCAUCUUAGGAGUCGGCUGCAUUGCGAGCGCCGCCGUGAUCAUUCGCAUUCCUUUCGUCAAAAACUACAAAAGCACCGAAUUUCUGUAUAAUACCUACCAAAUCUCCAUCUGGUCAAACGUCGAAGCAGGCCUAGGCAUUACAGCCGGAUGUCUCACCACCCUACGCCCCCUAGUCCGAUUCCUCCGCGAUGGCUCCUCCGGCUCCCGCAGCCGCAACAAUCGCACUCCCGCUCCAGGAUCUUUUCCCCUAUCCAGCAAUGUGGCGCAGAAGUUCCACCGCUCCUCGCGAUCAAGGCACGACGUUGAGGAAGGGCAUCUUUGGACUGGUACAGAUCAAGAUGACUACCAUGGUAUCACGACUACUAUCAUGGGGACCCAGCGUCCGCAUCCCAGAAGUAGUAGUGAGGAGGAUUUAAAUCCGCUGAGUACUGGGUGGAAGGUUGAGCGAUCCGUUCGGGUGUCCGUGCGCGAUGAAUGA